AUGACCAACCAACCAGCCACACAGGUCGUCAAACAACUCGUCAUCAGAGCUCGUCCUCAUCAUCCUACAUACCCCUCAGAACAGUCACCGGCUGCGACAACCUCAGGUGGAUUACAGGUCAUGAUGUGCAUCAGACUCGCCAUCCCAUACUCCUCCAUCCCACCACUCGGCUCGCCCGAUCUUAUCAUACCCUUGAUGUCUGACCAACGACUACGACUUGCUAAGCAUACCAUCUUCCCGAUCACCCGCCAAUCAAUCAACUCAAGGCCUACCAUCCAAGCCUCAAGCCAUCCAUCACAGGCCAAACUGGCCGCAUCACUACUCGAUCUAUCCAAAUCUUUCAGAACCAAACCUGCUAAUGAAAACCUACUUCAGCCCCCUCCGAUCAGCGUCGUCGUCAGAAACUUCUCCAUCUCUCUCCUCAUCCCACCCUCUCCUCCGUCCCCCAUCAGUCUCGAUCACCCCUCACCACCAAUACCAACGGCCGAAUACGCGAUCGUGUUGGACUGUCUAUCCUUAUGGGCAACCGUCGGCCCAGAAUGGCCUUUCUCGGUCAUCUUGCCAACACCACCCUGCCUUAAAAACUCAUUCAGGUUGAUCUUACCACCCGAGUCAUCCGAUGCACUCUUCGAGAAUUCUCCAAAAGACGCGCUAUCACCUGCCGUUCAUCUCAACACCUUCCCAGCUCUUAGGCGUGAACGCAUGCGUUUUUCAAGCUCAUCAAGGAAUAUCCUUAGUGCGCCCAAAUUAUCAUCGAUCUUUCAUGAUGACGACCUACGCCCUCUCUCAGACGAGUCAGAACCUGAGGGAAUCAGCCUAUCAGAUGAAGAAGACAAACAAACCCGUGAUCGUCAUCAGAACUGGCCUCAAGAUGAACUCUCUCCUCGAUUCGAAGGCGUCUUCCAAAGUACCAGAGAAUUAUGUAUCCUUCUUGGUCCCUAUCCUUCAACAACCACGACUCAUACCCCGCUUACUGCCAAGCAUGCAUCUAGUCAGCUUUCAGUCUCUAUUCACCACACACCAAGCACCCUUGACACCAGCCCUGACCCCACCUCAAUGGAUAUCAGUUUUCAUCUCGAUCUUCAACACGUCAGCACACAGUCCAUCAAUGAGAAAACUGCGUUCGUCUUGGCCAUACCUGAUCCAGUCGCCAAGGAUAUCGUCUCAGCCCAGUGGUCGCCGUUGAACGGCGAGGGCGUCAUUGAAACUCAGCUACCAUUGCCGGUUCAAUCAAUAACCCCCAUCUUACCUUUCAGUUCACCUCCCGCGCGUAGUCCACAGCUGGCUGCUUGUUCUGUUUCGACAGGUCAUCAUCCCUCUCUGGCUCCGUGCCCAGGAUCAGAUACGUCUUCGCUCGAACUUGAUCUUCUAACUACCGCCGCUCCAUUUUUGGAUUCAACGUCUGAGAUACCCGCCGAGAUCAUUAAAGACGACUUUGAUCUAGAGCUUGAUUUUGAUCUCUCAUCUUCAGCAGAUGAAAUUACUUGUAGUCCCAAAAAAACUAAUCGGGCCCUUAUACAAAGCUCCCGAUCCACUACCCCUCAUCAGUUCAUUGCUUGGAUUGAUACCGAAUGGCUUAUCCGACGUGCAGCAACCACUCACAACUCAGUCCGCACACGACUCGUCCUAAAUCUAAGAGGACAGCUUGAGAUUAGAGCCAACUCUCUCAUCUCGACCCUCGGCGAACCUUGCUCAAAAUCAUUCCCAAUACCCUUCUUAAUCCUACCGUCUGUUGAGGAACAUACCUGUACAUGUCGAAUUUCCACCGAUUUCCCAUCUUCCCCAAAUCUACAAUUCACCCUGCCCUCAUGGGCUGAUUUGGUCGAACAAUCCGCCGACGAUCAAUCUCAGCAGCUUCGACUUUCCCUGCCUCAAGAUCAAUCAGGUCUUACCGAGAUCAUCAUAGCCCGUCUUGAUCAGCCAGACUCUUCUCCGCAGCUUCCUGAAACCGUGUCAAUAAUCCCUGAAAGUCCUUCGAAGCAAGUGCCCUCAUCCCCCCUCACUCGACUCACCGAACCGAGCCUUUCGAUCAACCAUCUAGUCAUCAAUUCAGGAAGCCGUGUUAAAUACCAUAGUCGUCGAUCCACAAUAUCUCCUUUGAGUUUGGUCAAGAAACGACCUCGGCUUUACGGCUCCCUUAGAAACAAAUCGAACAAACCAGAACCUGUCCUGGAAAACGAAACCCCUCAGUCCACUCCUUUUGACGAACACCCCAGAGCCAAGCCCUCGAUCCGCUCAGUUCAAGCUGACCUGGUGAUUGAUCGCUCAUCCGGAAAGCAGUCGAUCAUUUCUCAGUAUGCUGAAAUCUGCAUCACAUUCUGUUGCUCCUCAGAUCAUGUCGACUCGAACCUCAAUAUACUGUUUCCAAUUGGGUCUGAUAGCAGAGAUGCCUUUGAGAUAGUAGGUCUAUGGAUCGGCGAAUGGAAGCUGAUCCAAGACCAAGGUUUCCAAGUAUCGGGACCUUCGGAUGCAGUAGAAGACGACCGACUAGAAGAUUAUGUGCAGUUUGUGACUAUCAAGGUCGAUGUGAGCAGUGUCCAGAUCUCGAGGAAGGGUGACACCAGCAGCCCGUUGCCAACUCUUCGAAUGAUUGUCUUACACAAGAAGAUAAUUCCCACUGCAGAAUCUGAGGCGACUCGGGAAGGCAGUGGCACAUUCAUCUGUCUAUUACCUUCCGUCGAAACUUCGGUUGCUGCUUACAAAGCUCUACUUCGAGCCUCUGUAGGAUUCCAGAUCCAAGUCAAGCACUCUGACAUGAUGGUACCUGAAAACUCUCCAGAAAAGAUCCAAUUGGUCCGCUAUGAUUUACAAGCUACCACGUCCCUCGUUACCUCCGCCUCAAUUGAAAGCUAUCUACCACUUCUGACUGGUCCGAAGCAAGUCUCCAAUAUACCCGCCAUCGAGCCUCGAGAGUCCGAGGAUCAAGCCGACAUGCUUGUUGAAGAGAGUGAAGAAAGUCACAGCGGUCGAAGUUUAGCUCGGUGUACAUCAUGGGUCGAACAGUCUGUGCUCAAGUGGGGCCUCAAUUGGAGGACUGUGCUCUUAUGUUGGCUGAUUUAUUUGGUGUCGUCGCUGAGCGUCCAAGUGGAGCAAAUGGGCAGGCGGCUCGAGCGGAUGGACAACCAAGUGACCGCGGGAGGACUUCCCAUCGAAUUAAGCCAGACACUGCUAGAGCAGACGGAAACGGAGUCAGUGCUUAACGAUCCCGAUCCGGCUUAUCCAGUCGAGGAGGAGAUCGACCAAUCGGAUAAGCCCGGCCGGCCGCAGCUCAUGGACAUCAGGCUCAAAGCGGCCCUUCUGAGGUCCAUUCUCACUCCGCCCGACUGUGCCCGUUGCGGUCCCGCGUUCAGCACCGAAUCAGCACCGGCCGGGCCCGCUGGCCCAGCGGACCCAACCACCAAUCCUGCCGAGCCUCCACCCCCACGCUCGCACACCUCCUCGCAGACCACCCAACAACAUCACGACACCCAUGCUUCGGGCGAAAUGAUCAGAGACUUCUUGGGCUUCUUCGAUAGACUCUUCUAUCUCUCCGUCUCUCAACCACUCUCGAAAUUGGCUGGCUCGAUCGGCUCCUUUCGUCAAAAGUUAAGCUUCAAACAACGUCCUCCUCCUAGGCCCGAGUUCUAA